GGCUUUUAUUUGUGCUAAUAUUUGGUGUUGGGCUUAACUCUCCAAAUAAAAUGGGCUAACGUGAAAGAGUUAUGAGUUUAUUGGCCAAACACAUUCUGAUUCAUCCGCAAGGAAGGACACAUGUAGAGAGAGCCAUAGCCACACAUAAUUAUUCAGUCAUGUUAGAAGAUGAAUGAUCAAAAAGGGAAAACGUAUGGUGAACUGAUAAGAAAUCAAACCAAGGAAACACAAACUUCCUUUGCAAACCACUAUCUAUCCUAAGUAAACAUAUGAAUGAGUGAUAAAGAAGUCGCAUGAAAUGGCGAAAAUAUGCUGGUUCAACCGAGCACCCCCUGCGCCACCCUUGCAGUUCCACUCCCAGGUACUAAAUAGUAUUAGUAGCAGAAAGAUUUGUGCAAUUUAUAAUAUGUCAAGAGAAAAAGGCAAAACCCCUCAGGUACUGAAGAUCGCUGUCAGUGGAGUCACUGAGCUUCUCAGGCUUUUCUCUCCUCAACAAACAAGCAUAUUGAGCGGCAAUAUUGAGAAACAGAACAAUGAAUUCACAGUUUCAAGUGUUGACGAUGUUCUAAUUAUCAUCAAGUCUGAUUAUGACAACGCAUAUUUCGUCACGGGGAACUUCACUUCUUCAAUUUAUGCAGAAAACUGUAUCUUUGAAGAUCCAACUAUUAAAUUUAGUGGUAGGGAUUUAUACGCGCGAAACUUGAAAUUGCUUGUUCCCUUCUUCGACCAUGCCUCAAUAAGACUACUAAAGAUUAAAAAGGAUGUUAAAUCUGACACAAAUUUUCUGCGCGCGUCUUGGAAACUGAGGACCAAUUUAAAGCUUCCGUGGAGGCCUCUGAUUGCUAUCGAUGGAAGCACUUGUUAUGAAUUGGAUGAUGAUUUCAAAAUCAUUAGGCACGUCGAGAGUUGGAAUGUUUCCGCACUCGAAGCAGUUUUGCAGAUUUUCACUUUCAAGUUUGAAAAAUCGGGCGGUUAAUACUUUAAUGUCAUGAAGUUUCACACUCAUAACAAACUCUUUGUUGGCGCUUGCAUUCAUACAAAUUAAGGAAAGAUUUAUAAUAAAAGAGUUUUAUUAAAAUGUA